AUGGAGGCUCAUGAAAUUGAAACGGCUACUAAUAGCCAGGCCACAGGCCACAAUUUAGCAGUUGACGACUCGUUGGUGCCCAAAAAAAAGUCAACGUCAGUUGUAUGGCGGUAUUUUGGAUACCAGAAGGACGACUUGGACCAAAAGCACACGCUGUGUAAAGUGUGCCGAAAAUACGUUGCCACGAGCCAAGGCAACACUACGAACCUGUUUCACCAUCUAGAACACAACCACAUUGCGGAGUUCGAAGCCAUUAAAUUGGCGAAGAAGCAGGGCGACAAUGUGAGUAACGCCCGUGCCGCUUCCAAAAAGCCGCAGCCCAGCAUCGCGGAGGCUUUCCUAUGGGCUACACCUUACGAGCGAACCACUAAAAAGUGGUUAGAAAUAACCGAUGCCAUAGCGUACCACAUUGUUAGAGACAUGGCACCGAUUGCAAUAGUGGAACAGCCGGGGUUCAAACGCUUGAUGCAUGUUACAGACAAGCGCUACAACAUCCCAUCGAGAAAAUACUUUUCCAAAACUGUCAUCCUGAAGAUGUACAUUACGGAGAGGGAGAAAGUUUUGGCUGAACUUCGUUAUGUGAAAUACUUCGCAGCAACUUCAGACUUAUGGUCCAGUCGAACGACAGAGCCCUACAUUAGUUUGACGGUCCAUUUCAUAAACGACAAGUGGGAGCUUCGCACCCGGGUGCUGGAAACGGCCUAUUUCCCCGACGACCACACGGGUGAAAUGAUAGCCCAGGCCCUCAAACUAAUGCUUUCAGCGUGGGACCUGAAGCAGGAGAACCUGGUCGCCAUCACCACCGACAGCGGAUCUAACAUUAUCAAAGCAGCUGAACUCAAUGAGUGGAUGCGUCAGCAGUGCUUUGGCCACAGACUGCACCUAGCAAUAGAAAAUGCUCUGAAAAAACACCCGGUUGUAGAUAGGACCAUAAGGGGCUGCAAGAAGAUUGUGAGUGCAUUUUCAUACAGUUGGAAAAGGAUGAAGGCACUCAAGAAGGCACAGAAAGAGCUGGACCUUCCCCAACACAAGCUUAAAACGUCCUGCCCAACAAGAUGGGGAUCCAUGCAUCUGAUGACGGCCAGACUCCUAGAGCAAAAGAGAGCCAUCUCACAGGUCCUCUCUGAAGAUCGUUCCUCAAGGCACCUCGUGCCUAAAUGGUCUGACAUCGAUGUGCUAGAGGCCAUCAGCAAAGCUCUUGAUCCGCUGGUGGAGUUCACAGAUGCCCUAUCAGGUGAUGAGUAUGUAACCAUCUCUUCACUGAAGCCUGCGCUUCACAUACUCCGAUCUCGGGUGCUGGCUGAGGAGGAAGAAGACGUCGAGCUUACAAAACAGCUCAAAUCAGACAUACUGGCCUACCUGGAAGAGAAAUUCUCAGCUCCGACCACCAGAGAACUUUUGGACAUUGCAUGUUUUGUUGAUCCUCGAUUCAAGACUUCAUACAUCUCUGCUGACCAUAUCCCCGCCAUUCAGGAAAAGAUGAAAGCAGAGAUGGAGUCAGCUGCUGCAGACCAAACUAGGUGUACCGGAGAGGGCACUACCACUGAGUCUGAGCCUCCUACAUCAUCAUCAGCGAAGAGGCCAAAGAAAUCAUUUGGAAGGUUUUUCAAAGAAAGUGAGGAGGUGCUUCAGACGAUACCAAAGUUCUGCUUUCCCUUUGACAUGGAAAGAGUAUCCCAGAGUCACGUUGGACAAAACUUCACUUUUGUGCUGACCGAUAUAGAUGGCAAGCAGAGGUUCGGGUUCUGUCGACUAACUCAAGGUUGCCGAGUCUGCAUAUGUCUACUCAGUUAUCUUCCAUGGUUUGAGAUCUACUACAAGCUGCUGAACACUCUUGCAGACUACCUUACAAGACAUCAGAAUAAUGACUUGAAUGACAUGCUGAACUCCCUAUAUGAUCUUCCUGUGCCAAAGCCCUUCACGCCAGUCAAUCUGAGUGUGAAUGAGCAGUUGUAUAUUGCCACUGGGCAAGUACUGAGAGAUCAGCGAAGCAAGGAACCGCACUCCUACUUCAUCGCCCCGGAUAUCAAUGGACUGCCAACUAUCCCAGAGAGUAGAAACCUGACAGAAUACUUUGUGGCUGUGGAUGUCAACAACAUGCUGCAACUCUACGGCAGUAUGCUUCAUGAGCGGCGCAUCAUCAUUACCUCAAGCAAGCUGAGCACUUUAACUGCAUGUGUCCACGGUGCAGCUGCUCUGCUCUUUCCAAUGUAUUGGCAGCAUAUCUUCAUCCCUGUGCUGCCCCCGCAUCUUCUGGACUAUUGCUGUGCCCCCAUGCCAUACUUUGUGGGAGUUCAUCUUAGUCUGCUGGAGAGAGUCCGCAGUCGGUCCCUGGAGGAUGUAGUCAUCCUGAACGUGGACACCAACACACUGGAGAGUCCUUUUGAUGAUCUGCAUAACCUUCCCAGUGAUGUGGUGUCCUCUCUGAAGAGCAAGCUUAAGAAGCAGUCAACAGCAACAGGAAGUGGCGUGGCGAGGGCCUUCUUGAGAGCGCAGGCUGCUCUGUUUGGCACCUACCGAGACGCCCUCCGAUAUAAACCUGGUGAGCCAAUAACAUUCAGCGAGGAGAGCUUUGUGAGCCAUCGCUCAAGCACCAUGAGGAACUUUUUGUCCAUGGCUGUCAACCUGCAGCUCUUCAAACAGUUCAUCGACGGACGGCUGGCCAAAUUGAACGCAGGCCGUGGCUUCAGCGACGUGUUUGAAGAAGAGAUCACAGAGGGGGGGUUCUGUGGAAGUAAUGCUAAGUCCUAUCAGCAGUGGAUGCACACCGUCAAGCGAGGCGGAGCGCUCUUCAAUACAGCAGUGACAAAGGCCAAAAGUCAUGCAAAGAGAGGCAUCCGAGACAUUAAGGGACGACUUAAAGCACGGGAGGAAGAGGAGGAAGGGAUAACUAUCUGUGCAGGGUCGCCCACUAGUACCAAGAGCCUGUCUCCAAGGCGACUGCAAAGGCUGAGAAUGCAAAACUUCAAGUCCCCUAUGCACACGGGCCCUCAAGAGCUCGGCUACGGUCUGGAUGACGACGAGCUGGACACUGCUAGCAAGAUCUCCUCAGAGGACAGUGGCGAUGUUCCUUCAUAUGCGGAGGACAGCGAUGACUCCUACUCUUUAGAGCUGGACAUGGAUACUUCUCAGUCAGGCAAGAUGAACCUGCUGGAGGAGAUCCUGGACUCUCUGAACACCACCACGAUAGAGCAAGGCAAGCUCAGUGCUGCCAAGAGCCUUGACUUCUUUAGGUCCUUUGAGGAACUGGACUACCAGGCCCCGAGCAAGGGUAAAGCCACCGUUGACUUUCAGCCGUCACAGGAAAGCAGUUGUGGUGGAGGGGGAGACCAGGGGGGCUGGAACAUGGGUCAGGAUGACAGCGCGGUCCAUGGUAAACACCUCCCACCGUCCCCACGCAGGCAGCCCAACAAGAGCAGCCUGAAGAAACCUCCCGUACCCCCUGUCCCUGUGACAGAUGAGCAGCUCACUGCCCAUCCCCUACCUCCAGGAAGCAAGCAAGCAGGAGACCGCUUUUCCUAUUCACCCUCGACAUUUCAUCGAAUCACACCCACAACGCCCUCUCCAACUUUGUCUCACGCGUCUUCACUCCCCAACUAUUCUCCACUGCCAGCGGCCCGCGCUCGGACCGUUUCCGAGCCCCGAGCAAGCCCUGAGCCCCCUCCCGCCCAGAACCCGACCGGCUCUACCGGGAUUUUGAGAAGGAAAGUGCUGUCUAAGGAGACGGUGAGGCACUACAAGGAGAAAUCUCUGCAGAGGCUGGGAAGCAAGGAGGGGAAAGCUAGGAACAGCCAAUCUGUGCAGGUUCCCUGGGAGAAAGAUUACAAGGAGGGACUACCGGCUAUGCAGGAUCAAGGCCUCCUGGAGGAGAUCGAGAGCAUGUGCUGCGUCGGGCCUGUCCUCCACAGCGGCCUGCAGCUGUCGCAGGUUCACUGCAACAAUCACAGCAAAGCCACAGAGCACUCUUAA